AUGUCUGAAUCCGCCGGUGAUAAUUCAAAACCUCGAGUGGUUGUUUUAGGAGGGUGCGGCUUCAUUGGUCGGAACCUGGUGGAGUAUUUAAUAACCAACGAUCUGGUGAGCGCGUUACGUGUAGUGGAUAAGACUCCACCACAGCUCGCCUUCCUUAAUCCAUGUCAUUCGAAGAUUUUUGAAGACCCCCGCGUCGAAUAUAAGAGUGCAAAUCUAAUAAAUCCAACAUCAUGCGCUACGGCACUAGAACCGAAUGGGGAAGACUGGUCGCUCAUAGUGAACUGUGCGGGAGAGACUCGCGUGGGGCAGACAGAGGCGGUGUACGCUGAGGGCCUGUUCACGUUAAGUGUCAACGUGGCCAAGCAAUGCGCCAAGCUCAAAGUGCCGAGACUGGUUGAGAUAUCCAGCGGGCAUAUGUACAGCAGUGAUAAGCCACACAAAGAAGAUGGCCCAGUAGACCCGUGGACGGUGGAAGGCCGCAUGAAGAGUCGUGUGGAACAAGAACUUAAGAAAAUGCAAUCUGAACUGAACUACACUAUAAUUAGACCAGCAAUUGUCUAUGGAAUUGGAGAUAGAAGGAGCUUAACACCUCGUCUACUCUACGGUGGCAUAUAUAAACAUUUAGGUGAAACAAUGAAACUUCUAUGGACAGCCGACUUGAAAAUGAAUACCGUACACGUAAAGGAUGUAUGCCGAGCUAUCUGGUUGCUGGGUAUGAAGAAUGAUGCGAACGGACAGACAUACAAUAUAGUGGACGAAGCUAACAGCUCCCAAGGAAGCCUCGCAGAACUAGUGUCUGAGAUAUUUAAUAUAAAUCAUGAUUAUUAUGGCACUGCUAUCUCUACUUUGGCGAAGAACGACAUAGCCUCAGUGGCGGAAGAAGCGAAUGACAAGCACCUAACAGCGUGGGCGGACAUGUGUCGCAAGUACGCGCUGACGCACACGCCGCUCGAGCCCAGCGCCGGCGCAGAGCUGCUUCUAAACAAGCAAUUAUGUCUCGAUGGAAGCAAGUUGCGUGCGAUUAUGGAACUGGAAGUGCCCAAGCCCACUGUUGACAAGCUUUUGGAGGUACUGCAAGACUACGCUUCGAUGAAUCUCUUCCCUAAAGAACUCCUGCUA